CAGAUCCAACCCCCGCCCGAGCAGAUCCAAACCCCGCCCAAGCAGGUCCGACCCCCGCCCGAGCAGAUCCAAACUCCGCCCGAGCAAAACCAACCCCCGCCCAAGCAGAUUCAAACCCCGCAAAAGCAGAUCCAACCCCCGCCCAAACAGAUCCAACCCCUGCCCGAGCAGAUCCAACCCCCGCCCAAGCAGAUCCAACCCCAGCCCGAACAAAACCAACCCCCGCCCAAGCAGAUCCAACCCCCGCCCGAUCAGAUCUAACCCCCGCCCGAACAGAUCCAACCCCCGGCCGAGCAGAACCAACCCCCGCCAGAGCAGAUCCAACACGCAACGACCCCAACCCUCCACUGAAGCCCCCUAAAAAGAAGAAGAGUGAUGCGGUGCCUUUUCCGGAAGCGUUUGCUGCUAUUGAUGCGCAUGCGUUGAAGGCUCCGGCCAGUGCUCGCUCAUCCGUGACCUCCCUAGCACAGUACCUGGUGAAGCCAGCCCGGAAUGACAUGGAGAAAAUCCGGGCCUUCUACAGAUGGCUUGGUGACAAUAUCAGUUACGACAUAUCCGGGUUAUUUAGUGGCAACAUUGGCUCUCAGGACCCCGAUGCAGUGCUGAAGCGUGGAUUUAGUGUCUGCGAGGGAUAUGCCAGGCUCUUUCAAUCUCUCUGCGACAAAUGCAAGAUACCUUGCAAAAAGGUCUCUGGUUUCUCCAAAGGGUUCGACUACAACCCAGAAAAUCCCUUCACACUAAACACGGAAACGGACCAUGCGUGGAACGUGGUUUAUGUUCAGGGUGAGUGGCGACAUGUUGAGUGUACGUGGGGAGCCGGGUACCAGAACAACGAACAUAAGUACGAGAAAGAGUUCGAAGAAUUAUAUUUCCUCACUGAUCCUGAGGAUUUUGUCAUCGAACAUUUUCCAUAUGCUGACAAGAAUUUAGAAGCCAGUAUCCCUCUGCAGCUGUUGCAAAAACCGUUAUCUCUCGAGGACUUCAACAAUGCUCUUUCUCCAAUGACCAUUGGUAUCAGAUGGGGGUUCGAAUGUACGAGCCACAAGACUCAAGUGAUCACAGUAGACAAGGAAUGUGAAAUCAGCUUCAAGACCCGAAAUGUAAAUCUCAGUGGAAUAUUGUGUCACUUGAAGGAGAAGAACACACAGCGGGAAUACAGCCAGUAUGUCCUCUUAAGGAAACAAGGAGACAAGUAUACAGUAAGAGUUUCUCCACCUGCCGAAGGCAAAUACAACCUGGCGAUCUUUGGCAAGCCGGAAUCGUCAUCAGGUACCACACACCACUCACUCAUCACCUUUGUUUUACAGUGUAAGUCUGUUGCCAAAGAUCUGCGUCCAUACCCUAAGAAGCAGGGAUCCUGGGGUGCAAGUCAAAACGCUAUUCAAUAUGGCUUCACCAGCGACAUAUUGGGAAAAGAUGUUCUGACUACAUCGACUGGCGAAGUAGAACUUAGGAUCAAGACGUCGAAGCUUGUCCCCAUCUCCCUGCGUCUUGAACAAGCAGACUCUACUCAGACUGACCUGGAUCGAUAUGUAUUUGGCUUUUAUGAGGGCAAUACACUUGUUCUUAAAGCAAGAAUACCCAAUGUUGGCUUGUAUAAGUUAACACUAUUUGGAAAACAUCCCGAGAACUCAGAGUCAUCUUCGUUUGACCAUGUUGCUGACUUUUUGAUUGAAAGCAAAAAAGCUGUAAGCAAUGUUCUCCCUUUCCCCGGUGCUUACACUGCUGCUCAGAAAUAUGGCUGUCAUCUGCAUGAGCCUCUCUCUGGGGAUCUUCCAGCCAAUCAGGAUGUCCGACUUAAACUAAGCUCAGAUAGUUUAACUAAGUUAAUGGUCAACAAACAAGUGAAAGAGAAGGAAGGUAAAGAGUUCAACUUUACCUUCAAAACGCCGUCAAAGGGAGAAAAGUUAAGUGUGUAUGGUACCUCUGGCGAUAGUUCUAGCUUUCAUGGCCUGUACACGUACAGAAUCGUGUGACUUGAAGGUGGAUUUCAACAAAGACAUCGAACUAGCUUAACGCUGACAGGCUUGACCGCUUGAUGGGGUUAAGAAGCAGAUUAGGUCUGUGAUCACUUUCUUCAGUAGAAAAGAAAACACCAGAUUUGUGUUUAUUGUUAUAUUUACUUCCGGUAGUUAUUAAAAUAUAUCAACAGAGAA